ACCCGCCCCAGCCCCCAAAGACACACCUAGCUAGCUCAGGGCGAUAGAGGAGAAGUGAAUGAUGCAAGUUUGAGAAUUGAAAUGAGGGAAAUUCCUAUCGUUCUCUAUUCUCAACCUCAAUACUGUUAUCCAAUUCCUUAUCUUCCACGCUCAUCCUUUUUCACCUCAAUCCCAAAGCCAAGCCUCAAACCCAACACUCUUAAACUCAAAUCCUUUUCGAUCUCUUCUUCUUAUGAUAAUGUUGGAAUUAGGGAAGCCCCAUUGUCGUCGGAAGAAAGCGGGACUAGCAGAGGUGUAAAUUGUAAGAAUUCAAGGAAGAAGAGGGUGUUUUUUUUGGAUGUCAAUCCUUUGUGUUACAAUGGAUGCAACCCUUCUUUGCAGUCUUUUGCUCAUUGGGUCUCCCUGUUUUUCUCCCAAGUCAGCCAUAGCGACCCUGUUAUUGCUGUUAUUGAUGGGGAAAGAGCUAAUGAGUACCGCAGGAAACUAUUGCCCACAUAUAAAGCACAUAGGAAGAAGCUCUUGGGUUCAACUUCUAAAAGAUUUACAGCAGUUGAAAGAUCACAUAAACUCGUCUUGGAUGUUCUUAAGAAGUGCAAUGUGCCUGUUGUUAAACUUGAGUCUCACGAAGCAGAUGAUGUUGUAGCUACACUUGUGGGACAAGUCCUACAGAAGGGGCUUCGAGUUGUAAUUGCUUCACCAGACAAAGAUUUCAAGCAACUGAUAUCUGAAGAUGUCCAAAUCGUGGUUCCUGUGCCAAACUUAAAUCGAUGGUCAUUUUACACCCUCAAACACUACAGAGCUCAGUAUAAUUGUGAUCCACAAUCUGACUUGAGUUUGAGAUGCAUUUUGGGUGAUGAAGUUGAUGGGGUUCCUGGCAUUCAGAACGUUGUUCCUAGUUUUGGUCGAAAAACUGCACUAAAGCUCUUGCAAAAGCAUGGGAAUCUUGAAAACUUACUUGCUGCUGCAGCGGUAAGAACUGUGGGUAGAGACUAUGUACAAAACGCCCUUACACAGUAUGGUGAUUAUCUACGUAGAAAUUAUGAAGUCCUCUCUCUGAAGAGUGAUGUUGAUGUUCGAAUUGAUGACAACUGGCUAUCUGAGAGACACACUGGUAAUGAUUCGGUAAUUUUAUCAAAUUUCAUUGACUUUCUGAAAGGAAAUCAGACAGGUCUCUGACGUUUAAGCUCUUCUAGUGCAACUUCUCAAGAUGGUAGGCAUGGUUGAAACCACUGCCGUGGAGGCUCUUAUAGGCAUCACAGAGGUGAUCCCUUUUGUCUUUGAGGGAACAGAUUUACGAUCACAAGUGACACCGGGAAGAUGGGUGUUAUAGGCCUAAGUUCUCAAAGAGGGGUAUGAUCAUUUUUCGUCCUUCGUUUUGACUUAUCUACGGGCCAAUUUCGUUCUGAAUUGGAGGAAGAAGAAUCAAUGAUUCCUGGAGAAUGGUGGACUUUCUCUUAUGAUGUUGUGCCUUUUCAUUUUUUUUUUUUUUUUUUUUAAAUUUAAAAUUUCAAGUGGUAUGUAUGAUUGUUAGAAGAGGAAGGGGAUAUGUGAGUCAAACCAAUCUCGAGAGUGAUACUCUUUUACAGCACUUUUAGUUCCCGGAAUGAAUUUUGAAGUAAUA